ACAUUCCCUUCGGGUUUUUAAUCAGGCCUGCACGGCAUAUCAUCCCCAACACGCAAUAAGGACUAAUUAAUAACCUACUCCACAACCAUCCGCUUAUGAUUACACGUCUGCAGUCAAUCAAAUUGUGUUUCAUCCACGAAAACCUUUUUAUUGUGACAAUAAUUAAUUUUUUCCUUUUUUUCUUGUGAAAAUUGCUAAUUAAUUAUGCAAUGACAACUCCAUUGAAUUGAUCCCCAAAAAUAUCACCAGAAGUUGUUGACGAACCGUAGGACUCGGACUGGGGUAUUUUCCCUUCUUUUGGGUAAAUUUUGACGUCGACAAAAAUUACUGGAGUUUAUAUUCAAUUUUGGCGCCAACUGUGACAUCACAAAAAUUCAAAUUCCUUCGGAAUAUCGAAACGAGCAGUCGCUUGAUCGAUGGAACCCCGUCGCCGUCGGCAACGAAGUACCUCCACCACGUCUCGAGUUAUCACUGCCAAGUGCGAACCAGUGCGUCGAUUGAGGUCUUAGAGUCCACGUGGAGGCGGAAUUCCGUCGACGGAGGGAUAUAAAACGUGAUAAAAUAGACAUGCUGAGCCCGGUUAAGGGUGGCCACCCUGUGGGUGGUGGGGAUGGUCUCGACCUCAGCGCCAUUAUGAGUCGUAUGAGUGCGCGUACUGGGGCGCUAGUCCUGAAAAGCGUUUCAAUCUUCCUGACGAGCGGACGAAAGGCGUCCGUUAACUCGAAAAAACCCAGCUCCGAGUCACCCCCCAGGCGGAGACGACGGAGGCGGCCGGACGAUGCCAGUAUGAAGACGUACUACACCAAGGUCGUCGAUACGUUGAGGAAGAAAACAAGAUUUUCAAGGGUUGAACUGGAGGCCCUUUGCAAGAUCUACAGGAAACUCACAUCCCUUCCAUCCCAACAAAAAGCCUCAUCAAUCCUGAGUAAAGGACCACAAACAAUUCAAACCGUGGAGGGAAUUGAUCGCACGAUAUUCCGAGAGCUGGUGCACAAUACCUUCGACAUCAUCACCGAGGACACCUUGAUAGAACGAAUGUUCUGCUGUUGGGAUCGAGAGUGCGAGGGAGCCAUUCGGCUGGAGUCCUGGAUCACUGGACUCGACGUGUUCCUGCGAGGUACCCUACGAGACAAAAUGGAAUUUUGCUUCAGAGUUUAUGACCUCAACAGCGAUGGGUACAUCACGAAGGACGAGAUGUUCCAGUUAUUCAAAAAUUGCUUGAUAAAACAACCGGGGGAGGAAGACCCGGAUGAGGGGGUGCGAGAUCUGUCUGAACUAGCCCUGAAGAAGUUGGACGUUGAUCACGAUGGAAAGGUGUCGUUCACCGACUACGAGGCAGCGAUCAAGGAGGAGCCCCUGUUAUUAGAGGCCUUUGGGCAAUGUCUGCCUACCGAAGAGAGUUGCAACGCCUUCCUCAUCACCCUACAACCCUGA